UUCUCUCUGGCGAAUCGAUAUUCUGCUCAAAUAUUGACUUCGCGAUUGUGCGUGGUGUCGCAAGCGAGUCGUGCAGUAGACGGCGAUGCUCUUUUAAAAAGCGCGUUCUGGCGAGUGAUAAGUCAAGUGCUGUUGGUCGGAGAACUGAUAAACGAAGUUUCCUGGAAACGGGAGGAAAAGAGGAACAAUGUUACUGGCGGCUAGUGCUGUGCUUCUCGGAUUGACCCUCGGUCUCUCCCACGCAAGCAUCCCAGCCCUCGAGUCGACACCAAGCUCCUUCAACAAUCAUGGAGCUCCACGAUUGGAUUUGGACAGUCCGGAAAGCGGAUACCAUGGCCUGGUGAAGGAAAACGAAACUCUGGUCGAGGUUACGCCACAAAUACGAGCCAUAGGUGCUAAAGUAUGCUCCUUCCGUAUCGCGAACAAACACCAUGGCGAGGCGCCGUUCGAGAUCGUUUUGAAAGAGAAAGGAACCGCCGAGCUGAGAGCACUUCGAGUUCUGAACUGCGAGAAGCGGCGAAACUACAAGUUCGAUAUCGAAGCCGUCGGCUGCAACGGAUCGCUAUCGGAAAAUGCUACGGUCCACAUCACGGUGGUGGACGUGAACGAGUACGCCCCCCAGUUUCUGCAACCGGCCUAUGUCAGCACGGUGGACGAGGGUCGUCUCUACGAGGAGGUUGUCCGCGUCGAGGCCUCCGACAGGGACUGCACCCCGAAAUUCGGUGACGUAUGCAAAUAUGAGAUUUUAACAGCAGAUCAGCCGUUCAUAAUCGACAACGAGGGAGCGAUACGAAACACCGAGCCCCUGGACUACGAGCGUUCCCAUAACUACAUCCUGAGCGUGGUGGCGUACGAUUGUGGCAUGAAACAAUCGGCACCGGCCAUGGUAACCGUUAAGGUCAACCGUGUCUGUGCGCCUGGAUGGAGAGGAAUCCCAGAAAGGGUCGACUACGCAGCCGGCGUCGGUUCCCAACCUUUGCUUCCUUCCGCCAGAUUGGAUCUCUGCGAUGCUCCUUGUAUAUUGCGCAACGUAAGAGCCACCUUAACUCUCGCCACGGACCAUAUAGGGAAAGGAUGCGACCGUGACACGUACGGUGUGCGAAGUCAACGUAAAUUGUGCGGUGCAUCGCGGGACAGCGUGGAUUUAUUGCCAACCCCCGGGCCUACGACAUCCUGGACAGCGUCUCUGUCUCGCGACGAGGGCAGGGAGGCGGACGAGAUCUUCGAGUUCGACGGCGUUGACUCGGCUGCUAUCAUACCCAGCGACGUACUCGAGCACACCUUGGCGCAGAAGUUCACUAUCGGUGUCUGGGUGAAGCACCGACCUCGUCCCAGGCAGGAUCCUCACGUGAAGGAGCACAUCUUGUGCGCGGCCGAUGAUCACAAGAUGAAUAGACAUCAUUACGCCCUGUUCGUAAGGAACUGCCGGUUAAUUUUGCUGCUCAGACGCGACUUCUCGGAGGGCGAUCCCAACAUCUUCCGGCCCGCCGAAUGGCGCUGGAAGCUCGCACAAGUGUGCGACGACAAGUGGCAUCAUUACGCCGUUCAAGUCGAUUUCCCUCACGUCACCUUGUUCGUGGACGGGGAAGAGUGGCAUUCGGACGAGAAGAAUCCCGAGGUGAUCGACGAUUGGCCUCUACAUCCCGCGAAGGGAGUCAACACGACCCUGGUCGUCGGCGCGUGCUGGCAGGGAUCCGACAAUAAAACCAAACAUCACUUCCGUGGCUACCUGGCCGGCCUGUCGGUUCUAGUAGGACGAAACGAGAAACCAGACGUACUUUCUUGCCUGCGUCGCUGCCAGGAAGGUAUCCACGUGCCGUCGAUGGAUUUGCUGCAACCGGGCACCCAGUUGCUCACCAAUUCCGACCUAACAGAGGUACGAAUCGACGGGGACAAUCGUACCAACGUCGAGACGCUUCUCCGUCGUAUCGGUUAUUCCAACUCGAGGCGGUUCCCUACCCCGGGCCGUCGCAAUUUCCGUUUAGAAACGACCAUUGUAUGCGAGGGUAGCGAGAACAAUCCCCUCCCGGUCCCGACCGUUCAGUCCUACGUAACAGUCUUACCGCCACCGCGUCCGGGUAUCGCCGUCAACGGAACCGGCUACGUGGCCAGGGAGUACGCAGACUUUCGUCUAGGUGUGCGAGUGUUCCCCGACGCCCGCGUCACCGCCGGUUCCGCUGCCAGGCUGGACGCGUGCGCGGUCAGCGUGUACCCGAGCCUGAAUCCCGACCACGAGAGCUUAGGUCUACCUGGCGAUGCUCUGCGUAGAUUCCGCUCUAUAACAGCUCGCGUUGAUCGAGACGGUGUUGUUCUCUCGGGCGCCGACACGCCUUACAACUAUCAACAGCUGAUCCGUCUGAUCAUGUAUACGAACCGGAAGCCAGCUUACUACCUCGACCGUGUGUUCAAACUGACCUGCUCCGAGCUAAGCGGACGUUUCGCCAGCAACGAGUACGUGCAGACCCUAGCAGUCAUUCACCCGAAGGAGAAGACCACCGCGAUUCCUCACUCGACACCGGACGACCCGCCGAUAGCUAGAAUCCUGGAACCAAUACCCGGACACGUGCAGCUCUCCCCUCAUCACGCGGACCUGCCGGAAGAAUACGCCACUGCUGCUCUUCGCGACGGCUACAGGAGCAUCGGGGGAGCGGGCGGUAGCCACGCGGUCACCAUCGUCGCGGCUGCCUGCAUCUGUUUCCUACUGCUGAUGGCGGUGGUCGGUGCGGCAAGGGUCAGAGGCGCCGCGAAGAGGCGAUCAUCGGCCGGCGACGAGUUGGCUGCCGAGACCGAAAUGGCCUGGGACGAUUCCGCUCUGGCUAUAACCGUGAAUCCAAUGGAGAGGCUCACCGAACAGGAUGCCCAUCAUCAGAGCCAGAGAGACGAGGACGUAGACGAUUCCGGAAGUUCCGACUCCGAAGACGGAUCAUAUAGAGACGACGAUCUUGAUAGCUCCGAUUGCGAGAACGAAUGCGAGCUGAGCAACGGUCGGCAUCGCCAUCACACUUCGCCUCAUGACUUGGAAUGGGAUCAUCGUGACGUUUAAAUUACUAUUCCUCUGCAUUCGCCAUCCCUCCCCCCUCCCAACCCCUUCUUCGUAUGGUGAUUAAGUGGAGUACUAACUUACUAUCGUUUACCAUCGUGUUCCCUUUAAACCGAUCAUUAUUGUUUCGUUCCUUGUGACGCUUCGUAAUCGCAUUCAGCAUAUCUAUACCGCUAAUUCGAUCAGCGAUAUGAUCUUAACGAUCGGGCUUGAACGGUUUUAAUAUUCAGCCGCGUUUUCAAUGAAUAUUUUUCUCGCCAAUUAAUCUGAUAUAUUCCUAAUAUAUUAUAUAUAUAUACAUAUACAUAUAAACACGAAAGCGUCGUAUUAUAUCCGUCCCCAUAGAUGACAUUGGUACCGUGUAAAAUGUUAACGCACCAACUAGUUAGUACUCUCCUUAAAAGCCAGCAAAAUUUGUAAGAGAGUGCGGGACGCUUUAUCGAAUAGUUAAACACUUUCUAUCUACAACAUGUCAUUGGUGUUGUUAGAUGAAGGAUACACACGUGAAUGAAAUACUUAAGUUCACCGGGAUGUAUCCCGGUGAACGUCUGGAAGCAAUUAAUUUAUAUUUGUCACUCAUUAACGCUAAUUAUUAUUAUUAUUAUUAUUAUUAUUACGGUUACUAUUAUUACGAGCAUUAUUAUUUUUAUUAUCGGUAGCAGUAGGACGAGGGAACUUCUUUUUAUACUCUCAAUUAUCUUCAUCUAUUUUUAUUCAAUUAAUUGUUAUCAAUUUUACUAAUGCUGACUGUAUUCGCUGCUAUAAUUCGAUUACGAUUUCCUUUUAGACAACGCAGGACCAGCCCGAUAAUUUGAUCUGAACGAAAUAAUUCUCUCCCUUUUUUUUUCUAAUUGGACCAUUGAUCUCAGAAAUGUAUAUUUUUAAAUAAAAAAAAAAAAGAAAGUUCAAGCUGAUAGAUCCUUUCAGUAUUAAUUAAAGAUAUAUUUCUAAUCCAUAACUCGGGCUGUACCUGCACACACACUUGCCCAAUUUUCCAUUUAUUAUUUUUCUUUUUAAGCGAGACCUCUAAUUAUAAUUUGCACAAUGUUCCUUCCUGAUCAAUUUACAAAGGGAAAAAAAAAAGAAAAGAAAUAUGAAACUCUUAGCUCUUAGUAAGGACAUUGUCGCGCAUCUUAUGAUAGUGCUUCACCAUUAAGUACGGUAUAAUAUCAUAUCCGUAUACAUGUGUGCGCAUGCAUAUAGAUUUGUAUUGGGAGCUCGUCGCGUAUACAGACCAGUCGCGAAGGUACAUGUGUAUGUGCAUGAGACACGCGUGCUUACAUUAAUAUACAUACAGUGUCCGAUCAUUAUUCUGUGGUGAGCGAAUGAUAGAUAGGACCGUGCGGAUUUGAAAGGAUGAUUUCUAUUCGAAUGGAUAAACGCGCAGGUUCGAUCGGGCCCGGCUGGUAUCGUUUGUUAUUUUCCGAAAAGGAUUAUCGUGCAAUCAAUGCUCGUUUUUAUAGGGAAACUGAUAUUUUUACGUGCCUUUACGCGACUAUGUAUAUGUUGAAUUCUACUCUAUAUUUUAAUAGCGAACACUCGAUGCUGAUUAUCCCGUGUCAGUAUCUCGCAUGUUAAGCGUACAACUCUCGAGAUUCACUCGGGAAGUAACUGCUCUACCGUUGUUGUAUUUUUGAAACAGUGACUGUUGAUAAAUGGCAUAGAUGUUAAGAGACAUACGCAUGGGGGGAGAGACAACGGUCGUUCGUUCAUCAAACGAUUCAUUUUAUAUUUAACUAAAAAUAUGCAUCAUGUAAUCUCGGUGAUGGUUUUUAGUUCUAACGAACGAUCGGUUUUGCUGAAACGAAUGACCGGUACGUGCAAUGAUCCGCAGGGUAUUAAUUCUUGGACGAAUGAUCUCGCGAUUACUGCGCAUUGAUACUCGCUACGAAGUAAUGAAAGGAUGUUGUUGUAUGUAUUUAGAGUUAUACCGACCGAUCGAAUAUUUAGUACUGAAAGUUUGUGUACGGAUAUCUAUAUUCAUAGAAACUAUAUGAACAAUUUAUUUUUCCAACGAGCAUAUCAUAUCAUUUUUAUAAGAGAUUCGUCGGACGUUUGAAAACUGUUUUCGUAAGAGCUCCUACAUAGAAACUCUUUAAUCGUGAUGUUACUUGCCAUAUAAUCGCGAAUUCUGUUCUAUUGUUUUAUUACGAUUUAUUAAGAUACGCGCGCUAUCUUCACGCAGUUUUAAUUUUCUUUUUUCCUUUUUUUUUUUUUUUUUAAUUUAAAAAGAGAAAGGGAUUCUGUUCGAUGAAGAACAGAAAAGCUCCGAUCGAAGUGUCGCGAUGUAAAAGAGAAAUGAUAAUCGUGAAACGUAUUUUAUUGUUUUUAUUCCGUUUUUCGAAUGCGCUCACAUGCGACACACGUGUAUGCGCACUUCGUUCGCAAGACCAGCUGAAACACUAUCUCGUGAAUUUCGAAUCUUUCAUCUGUUUUUCUUGAUCCUCGGUUCGUAGUUGUUCGUAUAAACGCAAUUGAGUCUCGAUGAGAUCGAUCUGAACGCAUUUUUUGCUUGUGUACGGUGUAAAAUGAUCCUAUUCGAAUGAUUCGACUCCUUUUUACGGGACUACUAUAGUCUAUAUUAUAUAUAUAUACACGUACAUACAUACAUACACAUAUACACACUCAUCAAAGACCACAAUUGACCGAUUCCUUUUUCGAUCGCACAAUGCAACGCCAGAAAGACAUGUUCUCGAGUCUUUUUUACACGGCAUUUGAAAUAAAAAAAAUGAAAUGAAAUGUACGAAAUCCGAUAACUGCACAAAAGAAGAGACAAAAAAAGAAAGAAAAUAAGAACGCUGGCUUUCGAGAUAUCAAGAGCGAGAAAAUUUGAAUCGCUGUACACUGCGUGGCGGAAGUCGUUAUCGACGAGUACAGGAAAGAAUCAAUCUCCUAUUACUCGGUCUAACGAGUCGUUUGAAGCUAGAUACAUAUAUGUAUCCGUAUGACGCGUUUUCCUUGACUGCUGAACAGAGAGAACGACACCGUUUGCAACCUAACUAAAAGGUGUACUCACCUGCUCUAAAGAUGUACUUAAUUAUUAUUAUUAAUUGUAUGGAAAGAGAAGAAAAAAUGAGGAAAGAAACUACGCAGAACAAAACCAACUAGAUGAUACUAUUAUAAUAUAUAAAUAUAUAUUAUACAUAAAAAAAAAAAUAUAUCUAAGCUGUUUGCAAAUGAUUGAUUUAAGAGGGGAAGCGAAAAGAGAAGAGACACAAGAAAGAAAUGAAGCUAUGAAUUUGUAAUGUACUAUUGUAUUUUGUAGGCAGCUAGUGUACGUACACAUAUACACAUGUAUCCGUGUAUGUAUGUUUACGUAUAUAAAAAAAUAUAUAUAUACAUACUCUUCGACAUUUACACGUACCGUUCGCCUAAAUAGUCUGCAGAAUAUUUUCAAUUUUACACCGGCCCAGGCUACGGCAGAACCGGAACUUUCCUUCGCGAGCGUCGGGAUGGUCACGUGAUCGUCCUUGAUUCGUGAACGUUCGGUUCCGGUCGUAACGCUUGGUCCGAACUUGUUAGAGCACUUCGGACGCACGGCAGAUACACAAUAGUAUGUUCUCGCCUCUGAUUCGUAUCGCAACAUGUUUAUACGUACUUACGUACGUAUGAAUGAGGAUGAAGAAGAAAAGACCAGAUAAAUUACGUGCGUAGGUACGUGUCUGUCAAGUAAGUGAAAUAAUUAAGCGUUCAGAGAAAGGCAACAGAAAAAAAAAAAGAGAAAACGAUAAACCAAUCCUACGGUAACGUUGUAAGAAGUUAAAAGUAAUCAACUAUACCGAUUGUACAGUGUGACCUAAGAAAAUUGUACGACUCGAAUGUUGUAUCUAUUUUGUUGGGAUACCCUGUACGACUAGGCCGUACACGAGAGGUUACGGACCGACUAAAUUCCCUCCCGUUGCAGAUUGAUUGUGUGUUAACUAAUAAGAUUAAGUAACGAUAUAGUACAGUUAAGGAAUUUAAUUAUUAUGGAUACCGAUACUAUCUGUACGCUAAGCACAGUUUCAAAGUCAAGUGACAUAAAGUAACGGCUAAGAAAAAUAAAAAAAAUAAAAAAA